GCGAAAUUGUAAAGCGUCAAAGAUUUUGCACAAGGUUUUGCGUUUCCUGUUUUUUUUCAUUUUAUACUAAUUUUGUGUACGUGAUGGAUGACGAGCACAGCAAAUAUGAUCCAGCAAUUUUACCGGAUUAUCUACCUAUCUAUUACAGAAGAUUGUUUCCAUAUAAAGAAUACUUUCGUUGGUUGAGUUAUGGGAAUGCGAAUGGCCUUGUAUCAAAGUCAACUUUUCAAAAUCGAGAAUUUUCCUUCACGCUGAAAGAUGACAUCUACAUUCGUUACCAAUCAUUUGCGGACCAAGCUGAACUGGAAAAAGAGAUAAUCAAGCGAUGUCCAUACAAGAUUGACAUAGGAGCUGUAUAUACAUCCAAGCCAAAAGACAGGUCACCUGCUAUAACCCUAACACCAGUAGAGAAGGAACUUGUAUUUGAUAUAGACAUGACAGAUUAUGAUGAUGUGCGGACAUGUUGCAGUGGAGCAGAUAUAUGUCAUAAGUGCUGGCCCUUUAUGACACUUGCAAUCAAAGUAAUUGACCGUGCUUUGAAAGAUGAUUUCGGCUUCCAGCAUCGACUGUGGGUGUAUUCGGGGCGUAGAGGUGUCCAUUGCUGGGUCUGCGAUGAGGAAGCGCGUAAGCUGUCUGUGAGCGCUCGGUCAGCAGUAGCCGAGUAUCUAACACUCAUAAAGGGUGGGAAUACAGGAAAAAAGUUCACUUUGUAUGAAAAUGUUCAUCCAUUAAUUCAAGAGUCCUACACAUUGAUCAAGAAAGGAUUCCUUGAUUUGGCUAUAGUUAAACAAGACUUCCUGGGAAGCAAAGUGGAAUGCAACAAAUUUCUCAAGUUCAUCGUAGAUGAUGGUCUAAGAAAAUUGUUAGAAGCAGAGUUUGAGAGCUUGGACACAAGUAAGCAGCGAUGGGCUUCAGCUGUCAAUGUAGUUCGCACUACACUGGAGCAGGGGUCUCUGAAAAGGAAUGGUAGGCACUGCAUUGAGGAGGUCAUGCUGUCCUUCUGCUAUCCAAGGCUUGACAUUAACGUUACUAAAGGUCUUAACCAUCUGCUGAAGAGUCCUUUCUGCAUACACCCAAAAACAGGAAGAGUGUGUGUCCCCAUCGAUCCGGAAGAUGCUGACAGCUUCGAUCCAUUUACCGUUCCCACCAUCAGCCAGCUAGUUGAUGAAUUCAAUGAAUAUGAAGAAAAGAAUAAGGGAAGCGGUGACACCGUGAGAGAUGUAAAGAAAACUAGUCUGCAGAAGAGCCUAAAAAUAUUUGAGAAGUUCUUGCGGAAACUGGAGGCAUCUUGGACGAGCAAAAAGAUAGAGCAAAAUGAGGCAACGAUGGAGUUUUGAUAUGGUUUCUAUAGACUGAUAGAGGCUCCUUUGCUCCAUGCUGCUGCCUUAUUGAUGUCAAGGAGGGAGGGAAGCUUGUGCUUUCUGCUGAUGGCACAACCUUGCGUGCGAGAAACCAUGCUGCAGUAGUUCAACAUUGACUGAUAUAUGGGCAGGAAAUUUUUUUCACUGCCAUUUAUCAAAUUGUUGGAUAUUUACAUUGGGUUUUCCCCCGUAUGUGGGUGUAUAGCGCUCGCGGUCAUUGUGUUGUAUAUGAUUUUAUGUGUGAUUGAAUGCAUUUCACAUGUCUCAGUAUGCUCUGCAGUCAGUAUAGGUCUCCACAUGACUCUGCACUCUGUGUGUUUUCAGGUGCAUGUCUUUGUUACUCUCUAUGUCACCACAUAUUUCUGCAUUCGCUCCACGCAUCUCUGCCCUCGGUACAUCUUUUCGUAGAUCUGUUCUUUGUGUGUCUCUGCAUCUCUCUGUAUAUUAUCUGUGUCCACGCUUUGUGCUCUCAAUGUCUGAGCGCUGUAUGUAUAUAUAUAUACACUCUGCCCUGUGCUAAUUUUGUGCAUUUGCCUCUGCACUCUGGGCAUUAUUGAUGCAGUGUGUGCAUCUCCGAAAUGUGUAUUUCUGGCAUCUUUGUGAAUGUGUCUCUCACACAUGACAAGUUUGCGCGUAUGUAAUCAUCAGUGGUGCAGAGUUUCUAAUCUCCUUGUUGGCAGGCCAGCAAUGCACAGAGAAACCGUGAAGCGUGCAGCCGAUGUAGUUUACAGAUUGGGGAAUAAUGUAGCGCAAAAACUCACGAUUGUAUUAUAAAAUGCUUGUGCUUUAAACACGUGGUAUAGACGCCCUUGAGAAUAAUCCAUUUAAUUAUCCAUAAUAUUUGGUGUGGAUAUGUAUAGACCUGUAUAGAGUGAAAAUAAUAGCGAAAUGGCUGUUUAACUAUUUUUAUCUGUAACGGUUGCUUUUUUCAGCAUGUACACACCGUCAAAUAUCUUCAGUCACGACUUUGCAAUUCAUCUAAGUCAUUGUGUUCUAAUAACGCCAUCAACCUAUAUAUGAAUUCAAUAUAUGCGUUUCCUCACGUCAAUAGUAAUAAUAUUGUGUUAUAGUAUUUCGUUCUUUGCCACCAGGUGGCGUUAGACGGGUAUUAUUCACUUUUACUUUUACCUGGCCAAUUUGUAUGUAGGAACAGUUGAGGAUUCAAUUUAGUUUUUAAUGAACUGGCUUAACGUACACAUGGAUUCUCUGAACGUCUUUAUAUACAUUGUUGUAACUUGUAUACUUUCCAACAAAAAUUGUGUGGUGUAAAUAUGAAAUGAAAAGGUGGUUAAUUUUG